AUGGAAGUAGGACCAUCAACACCAUUCCUCUCCUCCUCGUUGGCAUCGGAGCCAUCGCGCUCAGGAGACGUCGUUCUCUGCGUCGAUGCUGGAGGAACCAAAACUCUUGCUGUCGCCGCAUCCAUCGAUUCGAAACAAAAAUUCACAGGUCAAGCAGGUUGCGGCAAUUGUGCCACGCUCGGUCUUGAAGCAGCUUCCCAGGUCAUCCUUCGCGCUGUGAGGGAUGCUUUGAUAUCCGCCGGGUUCGGAACUUUCUUUGAUCUCAUCGAAGCAGGUCAAGUCGAAGGUAUUACUACUCCUCUUUCCCUUUCCGAUAACGAUUCUUCCUCUGCAGAUGGUGAGGGGGAUAGCGUUGAUUCCCCUUCCACUCGACCUUCACCAGCAAUGGGGCGCGAUGUACGACAACCAAGAGUAAGGGCGAUCUGGAUUGGAAGUGCAGGUCUUUCAUCCAGUGCAGUGAUUGGAAAUUAUCGACAGCACUUAUCGCAGGUGUUGGAAGAGUAUCAUUUGGUGGAGGAUUCAACACCGAUUUGGAUCACCAAUGAUGCGGUUUUGUUGUCAGCACCGAUGCUGAGGGAUGAAGGGACACAAAGUUGUGUUUGUUUAAUUGCGGGGACUGGUAGUGCUGGAUUCGCGUUCCAGCGUACACACCCCUCCUCUACUUCUACCCCGGCUGUGGGGAGCAGUAACGAGAAUGAAGAUUUGCCAGGGUUGACAACUGUUAGUAAGACCGGUGGAUGGGGCUAUCUUUUAGGAGACAGAGGUAGUGGCUGGUCAAUAGGUCUUUCCACCAUCCAGCUCAUGUUGACUCGGGAAGAAGAGAGGCAAUUCCAACCGUUACCGCUGACAGACUUUGAAUCAGCGGUGUUGCAAGCACUGGGAGUGUCGACACCGAUCGAACUCAUCUCCGCCGCUUAUCGAGAUCGAGUUUGCGCUACAGGUGGCAACUUUUUCCAUGCUGAAGAUGCACGCAAACGAUGGCUAGCAGAGACGACUAGAGUUGUGUUUGAAUAUGCGUUCAACCCCAAAUCCAAAACAGGAGGAGAUCUCGCGACACAAUUAUUACAUCAGGCGGUGGGGGAAUGCAUCGAAUCGAUAACUAAGCUUUGCAGUCCAAGAGAUAGGAUCAAGCCAGGAAAGAGUACGUUGGUGUUAGGUGGUGGCUUGUGGAGCAAUAGCAAGUUUUUAGAGUUGUUGGUGGAGUUAUGGGGGAAGCAAGACGGGAGGGAGGCGUGGAAGAAUAUUCAUGUGGUAAAAAGUCCCGCUCAUGAGGCUGUUAGUUAUUUGCAGCAGCGGUUUUUGCGGGGCGAAACACAAUAG